GGUUCAAUGAAACAGUUAAUUUUAUCAUUGAAUAGAUGUAAUAGAAUCUGCUAAGAUGGUUGAUAGCGAUUCAGACAAUGUUGCAGAUUUACUAAAAGACAUUGAUAAUAUGGAUGAUGAAUUGUUCGGGAGAAAAAAAGAUGCUGCACCAAAAAAAGGUCUUUCGAAGAUUGAUAAUUUACUUGGUGAUCCUCAAAAGGAGAAAAAAUUCAAAAAAAGUAUGGACGACUUUUUUCCCACAAAGAAGCCAACUGUAUCAUUUAUGGAUGAAUUAAGUGAUGCUGAACUUCACGAGGGCAUCUAUCAAAGUACGUUUUAUGAAGACUAA